GUGGCCCAUCCUCAGGAGCCUCACCAUCCCUCAGAAAAGCCGGUCAUCCACUGCCAUAAAUGUGGGGAGCCAUGUAAAGGUGAAGUACUCCGUGUUCAGGCCAGACACUUUCACAUCAAGUGCUUCACCUGCAAAGUGUGUGGCUGUGACUUGGCACAAGGAGGCUUUUUCAUUAAGAAUGGGGAAUAUCUUUGCACCUUGGAUUACCAGCGCAUGUAUGGUACCCGCUGCAAUGGUUGUGGGGAGUUCGUGGAAGGUGAAGUAGUGACAGCUCUGGGAAAAACUUACCAUCCAAGCUGCUUUGCCUGUACUGUUUGCAAGCGUCCAUUUCCACCAGGUGAUCGAGUUACCUUUAAUGGAAGGGACUGUCUGUGUCAGAUGUGUGCUCAGCCCAUGUCCUCCAGUCCAAAAGAAUUGUCUUCCUCAAGCAGUAAUGUCUGAUACUAUAAAUGGGAAGAGGCACUUACACAUUUCAUUAUGAGCAAAUGACUUUUUCCCAAAAACUGGAUUUUUAAAAGGGCUGAUUUUUUUUUUAUAGGUUCUGGAAAAGUACUUGAUGAAUUCCGAGGUUUCAGAGUUGAUAGAUUGCUUUUUUUCAUGUUUAAUUGUAUAGGUUUAAGUAUUCAAAAGAGGACAAAGUCAGAGG